AUGACAGCAUACCGAAGGGAUUGCGUGGGCCUCCAAGCAUGGUGUUGGUCAAAUUGUAAGUUUUUAAAAGUUUUUUACGUAUUUGGAACAGCAUAUUUCACAUAUUUUGUGAUUUAUUUCAUUAAUUUUUAUAAUUUUAGGCGAAACUCUUCAACGUUGCACAAAGAAGGGGCAAUUUACCACUCAUGCACGACGAACGUUGAGAAGGCUGGCACGGCUUCUGAAGGGGGCCCAGGGUCCCUUCGGUGAACGACAACAUACUGGAGGGAUUGCGUGGGCCUCCAAGCAUGGUGUUGGUCAAAUUGAAAGUUUUUAA